GACAAAUCAUCACUACACCAUAGUAAGCGUGGGGUUCUGGUGUUGCUCAUGAAGCUGAAUAAGGAAGUGAGUCAUACGUUCAAUCACUGACGGUAAUAAUACGUUUCCCGCAUAAGUCUUGUACACAAUGCUACGAUAACGAAGACAGUUGACUACACAGAACAAGGAAGCAGCUCAUACAGCGAGGGAGCUAUAACCAAACAGGUGAAAAUUAGAAAAUCAGGAAAGCGCGAGUUUACAUUACAACCAGACAUCAUCAAUCAUAGUGGAUUUUCAGAACAAGCGGAGAGCUCUACCUGGGUGAAAUGAAGAGAGAGGUGAACGCCGGAGUGGAGUUCCUCAGGCGCCUCGCCCACGAGCGCGGCGGCGUGGACGAGACGAGGGCCAGGCGCUUCGCGGAGAAGCUGAAGGACUUGCUCUGCGAGAAGUACGCCCGCCACUGGUACCCCGACAACCCCAGCAAGGGCCAGGCUUUCAGGUGUAUCCGGAUAGACAGGAGGGGGCCGUGCGAUGAGCCAGUGCUGAAGGCCUGUGCGGAGAGCGGCCUGAAGCCGUCUGAACUGGCCCUGCCCCACGAGCUCACGCUCUGGAUCGACCCCCUGGAUGUGUGCGCGAGGAAGGGGGAGGGCUGCCGAUACUUCACGGUCGCUCGUUUUAAAGAGCGCACCGCGCAGGAGGAGGAGGAGGAGGAGGGGGUGGAGCCUCUGAGAGACGGCGAGGGAGGCGCGGGGAACCCGGACACCUCCGACUAUCACUCCGCCAGCUCCUCCGACUGCGGCUCCGCAGCCUCCAGCGACGCCGAGGAGGAAGGGAAAGAGGGAGACGACAGCGGCGGCGGCGGCGGCGGCGAGGGAGGGAUGAAAAAAGAGGAACGGACGAGUGCGAAGCAGGAGGGAGCCGCUCCUUUCGUCAUCGCCAUGAAGCCCAGACUCCGGGAACCCAGGGAGUCCAAAGACUCUCGUAAAGGCGGCAAGAAGGCGCAGGUCCCCAGCCUCCAGUACUAUUACUACCCGGCUCCCAUGUGGCCCCAGUACAAGAAGAAGGGCCCGGUGUUCCUCUCCACAGUGUGUCCCCCUCCCGCAACCCCCAUCCUGGGGUACUACGUUCUUCCAAACCCGCCCCCGCAGUUCAUCAUGCCCCAGGCCUCCCUUCAGCCCUGGGGGGCAGUGAAGGGCUAAGCCAGCCAUGCCUGGGAAGAGCUGGACCUCUCUUCUUCUCGGCACCCUGUGGUGCUACUUUUAGGGGAAACACCAUCGAUAUUUUACCAAAUCUCAUUUUGUAAACAAAUGCAGUUAAUUGUUUUGGAGAGCAUUGGGUCGGAUGCUUCUCCAUAAAAAUAGUUUUUAAUCUGAUGCAUCACCAAGUGUGCACUUGGUGAUGCAUGACCCCCAGGAGUGGCAUUGCUCUGUCAAACUGUUAUUCCAUCUCAGCUGAAAUCUGACUACCAGCCUUAUAACACGUGAGUCUGUCUGCUUGUGUUAAUUCCUUCAUAGCGGACUUGUGUCCGAAUAUUACCUCUUCCCUGCUGCAAAAAAAAUAGGUGGAAGUAUGUUGAUCUGCCGAACUGGACUAGCACAACCACUGCACAAAACAAUGAUUCCUAUGUAAUGUGAUUUCCAGCUGUGUCAAUAUUGCUUUUAUAUGCAUUUUAGAUAAAAUAGUGAGCUUAUAUAUCUACCCUGAACCAGCAUUUUGUACAAAGCCCAUCUUGUAUACCAAAUUGUGUAACAAGCUUUUAGUUGGGUGUUGUAAUUUAUUUGAUCACCUACAGGGGGCAUUGUGGUCACAGCCAAAAAAGCCAUGUUUUUAACUUAUUGAUUUUUUCUCUCUUAUUUCUACAGUUGUGUUGUGUAUUUAUUUUUAUUUUCUGUGCAGAAUGUUUUUUAAUAUAUUUCAUGUAUUUGUAUAUCUUUAACAGUCACUGCUGUGUGUGUACAUCAGGGAAGUAAUUGUGUGUGGUGAUUUUGCCACAUGGCUAUUCCAAUUAUGUACAAAUUUAUCAUUUUUUAUUUCUAUUUUUAUACAGUCUUCUAAUGUCUCCUAAGCGGUGAAUGUGAUGCAAUGAACACACUGCUUUGUAAAAAAUAAUGCAAUUUGAAACAAAUUUGCAAUGCUGCACUGUGGUUCUCACUGAUUUUUAAAGCUGCGCUGAUGAUUAACUGCGCUUUCAAUCAUCAUGAACUGUAAUAAAAAAAAUUUUUUUCUUGGUGCUCAUACCAUGCAGAUUUUUAAGUAGUAUGUCACCGUUUUUAUUUUUCUUUCUGCCUGUUUGUACUGCACAUUUUAUUAAUUGUUGUGACUCAUAGCAGCUGAGUUUGAUUAUUGCCACUUGCUUAUUCACUAUGUACAGCUGUUUCACACCACUAAUUUGUCUUGAUAUGUAACAUCUAUUUUUAUACAAUGGGCAUGAAUUCCUUAAAAAGAAGCACAACUGGAAAAAAAGGUAGUCGCUGUUGUUUUCUUAUGACUGCAUUUUCCAUUCCUGCAACUCAUUUGUAUGCAGAAGCAAGUGAAAUGUCUCCUCUGUGCUCUUCUGUAAAGGGAACUGCCACUGUGUUUGGAAUGGCUCUCCAUUGUGCUAUCCAGGAAGUGACUGGAAGUGAAUAUUGCUUUGGGUAAUUCUUGACAGGGAAAGGCACACAACCAUAUGAAAUAAUACAUUUGUUCUCUUCUGUCGGCAGAUGAUUUGGCUCAAAACAAAAAAAAUUUGUUUUGUUUUUAAGGCUUUGUACCACACAAGGAAACUUGAGCUACAAUCCCCGUUGCUUUUUUUUUUUUGUCUGCAUUUGUGUCUCAAUCUGAGGUCAAGUUUAUAGUCUGGCCCCCUUCAGUUUUAUGUUUGUGAAUCCUCUGAGCUCAUGACCUCUAUAAGAAAGAUAAAUAUGUUGAAAACAG